UUUCCACAGAAAGCGAAGCGGUAACUAACCGUCCGUGUUUGUCCCUUUUCUCACACGGUUGAAGAAAGACUCCCAACAACAGCCCCGUUUCGCACCGCCGAAUUCACAAACUUCACCGGGCGGCGAGCCUCCAGCGUCCCGGGCUGCGCACGUUUCGCCUCAUUUCUACCAGUAUCGGUUAGCAGUCUGACGGGCCACUGGAACAGACACUGGUUACAUCUCAUCUUGCCUCCGGUCACUGAGGCUGGCUAUCUAAUCACGGUCAUCUACCAUGCUGGUUCACCUUCUGUGAUAUGGGGGAAGCUUAGAGAUGGAUAAACUGAAGAGCUCGGGUGAGGAGGAGAGCUCCGGGGAGCGAGGAGUGCUCCACACAUGGAGGGGCUACUCCUGCAGCGUCACUCCUGACAAAGUUCUCCUUUCCCGGCCUGUGCUCCAAGCUGCCCUGGGGGCCAAACAUGGGGUUUUGCUGGUGGAGGGUGGACAGGUGUAUAGUUUUGGAGAAUUGCCAUGGAAACAGAACCAAGCUUUAUCAGGAACCACAGAGCCUAUUCUGGAGGCAGGGCUUAGCGAGCAGCACGUUGUUUCCGUGGCGGCAGGUGCCUGUCACAACGGGGCAGUAACAGAGGAUGGUGUAGUGCACAUGUGGGGAGACAACACCUAUGGCCAGUGUGGCCUAUCAGGUCUCUGUGUUGUCCCUAACCCCACCCCUGUGGGUGUGGUGGACUGUGAGGCCACGCCUCCUCAGCCAGUGAGGAUCUUGGAGGUAGCAUGUGGAGAGCAGCACACGCUCGCCCUCUCAACCCGGCACGAGGUAUGGUCCUGGGGCAGUGGCUGCCAGCUGGGCCUCCUGACCACUACCUUCCCCGUGUGGAAGCCCCAGAAAGUGGAGCACCUGGCUGGGAGGCAUGUGCUGCAGGUUGUUUGCGGAUCCUCUCACAGCCUGGCUCUUGUGCGCUGCCUGCCCCCUCCUCACGAAGCACGCAGACCACCUCUGGACAAGUGUGGCCAGUGCAACCAGUCACUCUACACCAUGACCGACAAGGAGGACCACGUCAUCAUCUCAGACAGCCACUACUGCCCCCUAGGGGUGGAGCUUGAGGAAGGCGACAGUAAAUCAGGAUCAGAAGGCAGCUUAUGUCAUGGCAAAGUCAGGAUUUCCCCAUCUGAGCCAAUUCUCUCUGCCCAAACCCCUAAGUCACCAACUGCCUCAUGCUCCAGUGGUGCUCCAGUUUCGGCACCUGCGUCUGUCUCAGAACUUCAGGACCAGGCACCUGUCGCUGAGAAAGAGUGUGUUCAGUCAGCCCCUAAGGGCCAAGAGGAGUCCCAAACUGCAGUGGUUGAUAGAGAGGUGCCUGAGGCAGCCGCAGAGUUGGCUGUGGUUGAGACGGACGGCACAAAGGCUUCAGGAGCGUUGAUGGCAACAGGGGUGAAAUCCUCCCCGUACCCAGAUGAGCAGGCACUCAAAGACUACCUGAAGAGGCUUUCAGAUCAGUCUCUUGCUGAGCAUGCAUCCAAGAACCCAACUACAGCGCAGUGUGCUCAGCCUCUUACAGAGCCUGCUGACGUUUUCACCUCUGACCCUACAACCCCUGUUGCCCAGUCAGUAACCCCUAUGGGCUCAGCCCUGAAUCACCUGGUGAUUUCUUGUGCAUCGGCUGUAGGGGAGAGAGUGGUGUCCACAUACGAGGCUCUGUCUCUGAGGAAGGUCAUCAGCUACUGGGGUCCAGGAGAGGGCCGCGAACGUCCGGAGGAGAGGGUACGCCAGGAGGAGCACCGCCAGGGCAAGAAGAGCUCCAGCCUGGGCGACAUCCGUGAGGAGGAGGCCGAGGGGCUCAACCGCCGCCUCUCACUCCCCGGCCUGCUCUCACAGGUGUCCCCUCGUCUUUUGCGGAGGGUGAGUCGUCCACCUGUCCGGGCAGUGGCCCUCACCCCGGUGGGGGUAGCUGAAUCAGACGCUCACCUACCCUCCCUGCAGACGGAGGUGUGGAGCUGGGGGCGGGGUCAAGAGGGGCAGCUGGGACACGGAGAUCUGCUACCCAGACUACAGCCUCUCUGUAUUAAAAGUCUGAGUGGUAAAGAGGUGGUUAGAUUGGCAGCAGGUGCACUCCACUCUCUCGCUCUGACUGCACAAUCACAGGUGUACUCCUGGGGCAGUAACAGCUUUGGUCAGCUGGGACACAUGGAAUCCCCCAGCACCAUCCCCCGCCUAGCUAAGAUGUCAGAGGGCAUCCGUGUGUGGGAUGUGGGGGCGGGGCAGAACCACACUGUGCUAUUGGCUGAUGGAGACUGUUUCCAGCCAAUCUUGUACUACAGCGGGCAGCAGGUGAAAGAGGGGUCUGUGGAGGUGUCACAGGAACAGACAGGGGGGUACACACAGCAGCCUGUGCUGCUGCCCUUCUGCAUGAACCUGGGUUAUGUGAGCAGUGUUUGUGCGGGUGGGCAGAGCUGUGCGGCGCUGGCUGACCGUAACGUAAUGGGCUUCAUAGCCAGCCUACAUGAGCUGGCUGCAGCUGAGAGAAAAUACUACUGCAAACUGACCAGCAUAAAGAGCAUCCUGCUGCAGCCUCUACUAAAACUGGAUUCCUUAAGCUCCAGCUUUGGACCAGCAUGUACUGGACUUCUGCAAACUUUGGUUGGUCGAUUUGGCCGCCUGUCUCAGUUGACAGGUCAGAACUCUGCCUCUUUGACCUCCUUCCUGAGGCGCUCACGUGAUGUCAGGGGCCUUGUUGUCCUUGACAACGCACAUCUGUUCCUGGACACAUAUUCUGAGUACUGCGCUGCAAUAGGUAACCUGCUGGUCAUGGGGGGCUUUCAGGCUCUUGUCAAACCUUGCCAGGAUGUGUUCGGGAAGGGAGCAGAGGCUGUGCAGAAGCUGUCUGAGUGUUGUGAAGACGGGGCAACGCUGGCUGACAUUUUGAUUCAUCUGUUUUACCUCCCUGUCCGCCAUCUCCAUGAAUAUGGCCGCCUGCUCCUCAAGCUAGCAACAUGCUAUGAGGUGAAUUCCAUGGACUAUCAGAAGCUUCAGGAUGUCUGCUCUAAGUACGAGUCGCUGGCUCUUCAUCUAAAGAGGAAGAGGAAGGAGGCCGAGUACACACUGCACUUCUGGAAGAGCUUCCCUGGAAAGAUGACGGACUCGCUGCGCAAGCCAUCUCGCCGAUUGGUGUGCGAGAGCAGCAACAAAGCUCUGACCUUGCAGAAUGCUGGUCGCUUCUCCGUCAACUGGUUCAUCCUCUUCAAUGAUGCUCUUGUUCAUGCACAGUUCUCCACUCAUCACGUCUUCCCUUUGGCCACUCUGUGGGUGGAGCCUAUAUCUGAGGAGAACGCUGGCCUGUAUGGGUUAAAAGUGACCUCACCUGAAGAGAGCUUCAUGCUGCUGGCUUCCUCACCUUCAGAAAAGGCUAAGUGGCUGCGUGCCAUCAAUCAGACAGUGGAGCAGGCACUGAGUGGAGCAGGGCUGGACACCUCAGGGGCAGUGAUGAGAGCAGACCCGCCCAUCUCCCGGACCGCCUCUUACACCUUCUACAAGGAUAGCAGGCUGAAGGGAGCCACGUACGAGGGCCGCUGGAUGGCAGGCAAACCCCACGGCAGGGGUGUUUUGAAAUGGCCAGAUGGUAGGAUGUACACUGGAACAUUUAAGAACGGUCUUGAGGACGGAUAUGGCGAUUAUAUUGUUCCUAACAAGACCCUUAACAAAAAUGAUCAUUACCAAGGCCAUUGGAAGGAUGGGAAGAUGCACGGCUUUGGGACCUUUAGAUACGCUACAGGUGAAGUGUAUGAGGGCUCAUUUCAGGAUAACAUGCGUCAUGGCCAUGGCAUGCUGCGGAGUGGCAAGCUGAACUCCACUUCUCCCAGCGUUUUCAUUGGCCAAUGGCUGCAUGACAAGAAAACUGGCUAUGGUGUCUUUGAUGACAUUACAAGAGGGGAGAAGUACAUGGGUUUAUGGCAGGAUGAUCAGAGGCAGGGGAACGGCGUUAUUGUCACUCAGUUUGGUCUGUACUAUGAAGGAGCCUUCAGCAACAACAAGAUGAUGGGGACAGGUGUUUUGCUUUCAGAAGAUGACACUACAUUUGAGGGGGAUUUCUCGGAUGACUGGACUCUGAGUGGAAAGGGCACUUUGACCAUGCCUAAUGGUGAUUACAUUGAGGGUUCCUUCAGUGGAGUGUGGGGCACUGGCCUGAAGAUCUCUGGGUCCUACUACAAACCUAACUUGUACGACUCUGACAAGGAGAAGAGCUGCACACUUAAGCUGGGUCGAUUGGCUGUGCCUUCAGAAGAGAAAUGGAAGGCAGUGUUUGAAGAGUGCUGGAGCAGACUCGGCUGUGACUCACCAGGGCAAGGAGAGACCAGCACGGCCUGGGACAACAUUGCUAUAGCACUGACCAUCAACAGGAGACAGCACAGAGACAGCCCUGAGUUGAUGAGUCGCUCCCAUAACAAAACCCUGGAGAGUUUGGAGUUUAUCCCUCAGCAUAUCGGACCUGUUACCUUGGAGAAAUACCACAUCAUCCGCCGCUACCUCAUCAAGGCAUGUGACACCCCUCUGCACCCACUGGGGCGGUUGGUGGAGACACUAGUAGCGGUGUACCGGAUGACGUAUGUGGGUGUUGGAGCAAACCGCAGGCUGCUGCAGCAGGCUGUUAAUGAGAUCAAAUCCUAUCUCAACCGCAUCUUUCAGAUUGUCAGGUUCCUCUUUCCUGAUCUUCCUGAGGAAGGGGGCUUGCUGGCUGAGGCUUCAAAUGAAAAGAAAGAAUCUGACUCAAAUGGAACCAAAGUAGAGUCUCCAAAACCAGGGCGUGUGGUCAGCAGUUCAGCUCUGCUCCUGCCUGUGUUGCUGCCGCGUCUCUUCCCCUCUCUCUUCACGCUGUAUGCUCUGGAGAAGGAGAAAGAGGACGACGUGUACUGGGAGUGUGUGUUAAGGCUCAACAAACAGCCGGACCUCGCUCUCCUCGCCUUCCUCGGAGUGCAACAGAAAUUUUGGCCUGUGACCAUGACAGUACAUGGAGAAAAGCAACAGAUUCACUCUAGCACUAAAGAUGCCUGUUUUGCUUCAGCUGUGGAGACACUACAGCAAAUCAGCACGACAUUCACUCCCUCAGACAAGCUGCAGGUCAUCCAGCUGACCUUUGAGGAGAUAACCCAAGAAGUGCUCUCCUUGCUGAAACAGGACUUCCUUUGGUCCAUGGAUGAUCUGUUUCCUGUUUUCCUCUAUGUGGUGCUGCGUGCUCGCAUAAGGAACUUGGGCUCAGAGGUCAGUCUGAUAGAAGACUUUAUGGACCCAUGUGUGCAACAUGGAGAGCAUGGUAUAAUGUUUACCACACUAAAGGCUUGCUAUUAUCAGAUUCAGCAUGAGAAGAUCACAUAAGAAACAUCUUUCUGGAAGAUGACUGAGCUGAAUGACCGAAAGACCUACCAGCCAACGAAUAUGCUCAAGCUAAUAAGUAGGACUUGUAACAAGACUUGUAACGAGCCUGUAACUGAACAUCUGAACCUGAUGAUGCAUCUGGAUGAAGGAAAAACCUUUCCUGAUUGUCCUUGCUCUUGCAGCGUGGAUCGAGUGGAACCUGUUUUAUGUGGUUGAGGAAUGCAACUAUGCUAAAGCAAUUGUAAAACAAAACCCCUUUUUUCCAUCUGUCCUCAUACUCAGCCUUGCUUUCUCUCCUGCUCGCCAAAAUCGGUUGCAUUCCCUUUUUGAUAUAGUCUGUGAUCCUGCUGUUGUUUUUUUCUAUGUACUUUCGUGAAUGUAAAAGCUCCACAGUGUCUGAGCCUGUUGAAGAAGCCACAGAAUGAAGGAAUUUUCUUGAGAAAUAUUCUGGAACAGGGCGAUAAAUUUGACUGUCUAAUUCAACGGUGAAUUGAAUAUAAGACGU